AUGGACCGUGGCCGCGGAAAUCGCGGUUCACGAGGCCGUGGGAACUCUGGACGUGGCAGUAGGGGCGGAAGAGGCCGAGGAAGAGGUGGUGGAGCAGGUGGAAGUCCUUACAUUCCAAAAUUCCCAAUCGGCGCUGGAAAAAUCCAAGAAGCACUUGAUGAUCCCUCAGCUGAUCUUGGUGCUUUAGUGAGUUCACCCGGGUUCAAAAAGCUUCUAAGCACAGACUCGUUUACUGGAGAAAAUAAGAUCUAUGCUCAAGAAAAUGAUCCGGACAACAUCAAGAAAAGGCCAAUCUAUCCAACUGUCCAAGAACUUACUUCCACCAACCAUAUUCACCAAGGAAGGGACGAACGAGAUCGAGAACUCGACGCUUUGGCAUUGAAAGUAAAUGGGCCUUACAACUCUAUCGAAGAAUAUGCGAAAAAACUAUUUGAUAUAACCCGAGAAGAUUUCAUGCGCCCUCUGCGCAAUGGUAUCCGGACGUUCAUGGAAAACAAGAAGGUUGAAGAAACCACAGUAUAUCAACGAAGCAGUUACAGAGACAAAAGACAGAUGCUAAAACGUAUAACUGAUGUCAACAUCUACACUGCCGAACCAUUAGCUACCGAAUACGACAUGCUUGAGAGCAAGGCAUUCUUCCUCCCCGUGAAGAAUGUCCUCGAGCGACUUCAAGCUGAUGAUUUCAACCGAAUUCCCUUUCAGAAUAUCCUUGUCACUGGAACUGAUGGCAGAUUGGAUCGAACUCCAAGCAAUCCGCCCUACUUGGAUGAUCAGGAUACAAUUUACAAUAUGAACUCAUUGUUCAAAAAUCCGCCAGAGAAUCCGAAUAUUUUUGUCCGAGACCAGAGUUGGAAUAAUGAAACAAGCAUGAUAAUCAAAGAAGAACAGCUACGAGCCAUGAAAUCCGCUCUUCAAGGCUCUGUCAGUGUCAUUCAAGGACCUCCUGGCACUGGCAAAACCUUCAUCGCGAAGCUUGUCAUGCGAUGUCUUCUCGAUAAUAAAGACCAUUGGUAUGGUGACCAACGAACACCGAUCCUGCUCAUUUGCUACACCAAUCACGCCUUGGAUCAAUUUCUUGAAGGAAUACACGAGUUUGAGCAGUCUAUCGUUCGAUAUGGGGGCCGUACUAAGAGUGACAUUGUCCAACAGUACACAAUUCACGAGCAGCGAAGAAGAGUGACAUUCAACAAAAGUCUCUGGAAGCAAGUUAAAGUAGCAGAACGAUCAGUGGAAGAGAUUCAAAGCAAGCGAUAUGUCUUCGAAAGAGAUUUCGAACUGGCCUUUACGGAUGUCAUUGCUCCUGAAAAAUUGUACGAUGCAGACGCCAUCACAGAAGAGCAGUAUCAAACAAUUGUUGGUGAUUUACAAGCAAGCAUGGAUGCUGGAACUUUUAACUACAUCUCUCAGCCGAUUGGUGAACAGCCAAAGAGCCACGCGCUCAACCUUCUGAAAGUCUGGCUCAGACUUGAUUACUUGAGCCAGUUGAAUAAUCUUGUUCAAAAUUUGCAUGCAAUGGAAAACUACGUCGAAGAAGAACUAUUUGAUGAUGAGGAUGAGGAAAAUGUCGAAAGAAUGAGUUUUGAGCACAUAGAAGAUCAGAGAAGAAAGAAAAAUGCCCGAAUGAGACACGAGGAAAAUAUUCGCAAGGAAAUUAUUCGACAUGUUUUCAGCCAACCUUCAAUGAAACAGCAUGAAGAAAAUGAAAGAGCCAAAUGGAACAGUCAAGCAAAUCAAACUAACCAAGGACAGAAAAAAUCUAAAAAGAAGGGGAAAGAGGAAGAAAACAACAACAAUGCUCCUGGAUUCUCCCAAGAAAUGUUUAAUGCGAAGUAUGUUCACUUAGCAGAGAAAUGGAUUCGCAAGUUACGACGAGAGGAAAAAUGGGUGAUUGACACUGCAUAUGAAAAUGCUGGCGCUUGCCGAAAGACUCAAGAACAACUUUGGGAUGAAGCACUUCGAGGAAAUUAUCAGAAUCGUCAGCUUUGGUACGGAAGCGUCAUCGAAAAAUAUCAGGAAAAAAUGCAGUCGAAGCUUGAAGAAUCCAACAACGAGAUAAAAGAGGCAGAAGAAGGACUUGCGAAUGUUCGUAUUCUUCAGGAUACGCACAUCUGCAAGCAAUUUAGACUUGUAGCAAUGACAGCAACUAUUGCGACCAAGAAUUUCAGACUUAUUCAAAACCUCGGUUGCAAAAUCGUGAUGGCAGAAGAAAGUGCCGAACUUCCAGAAAGUCAUCUUGUCGCUUGUUUGACAGAACAUACUCAGCAGAUGAUCUUAAUUGGAGAUCACCAGCAAUUGCGGCCAAAAGUGAACUGCUACGAGCUUGAAAAGAAAUGUAAUUUAGACAUUUCGCUCUUUGAGAGACUCAUCAAAAACAACUUCGAAUUCGUCCGACUCGGCGAGCAACAUCGAAUGCAGCCGAAUAUUUCAACCUUCAUGUCAACUUGCUUCUACGAAAAUCUCAAGAAUCAUGUCUCGACUAACAAUCGCGAGUCUGACAAAGUUCUCUAUUUCGGCGACCGUGGGCGGGUGCAGUUUAUAAAUUAUGGACUUAUUGAAAACCAAUUGCCAGAAUACUCUGAAGCUGCUGAUGAUGAUGGCACCUCCAAAUCAAAUGCGAUGGAAGAUGAGUAUGUUUUCCUGAUCGCUGAGCUCCUAAUCAAAGCCGGUUACGACGCCAGUAAAAUCACCAUCCUUACCUUCUACAUCGGUCAAUUUUUCCAAAUCAGGGAAAAAGUUCGCUUACUACCUAAAGAUAAUCGUCCUGACGUUCAGACCGUUGACAACUAUCAAGGUCAGGAAAAUCAAGUGGUUAUUUUGUCAACUGUCCGAUCAAACUCUGACUUCAAAGGUGGCUUUGCUACGAUCAAAAAUCGAGCCUGUGUUGCACUCAGCCGAGCUCGAAGUGCACUCAUCGUUGUUGGCAACUUGGAAAUGCUCCGAAAUGCGGGAAGCUCGGACAAUGUUUGGAUAAAGAUCAUGCGACAUGCUGAAAAAGAAGGAGUUGUUUCUGAAGGACUGAAACUCGAGUGUCCAUGGCAUCCAAUUUACAAGACUGUGAUUCCCUACGUUAAAAAGCAAGAGUUCCAAAGAGCAGUGAAAGCAGCUUUUCCAUUGGGCGGCUGCACUUUUCCAUGUCCAACAACUUUUAGUUGCGGCCAUCGUUGUCCGAAAACUUGCCAUAAUCCUGAAGAGCAUCAAUUAUAUCAAUGCGGCGUUAUGGUUCGAAAAAAUCUUCCAUGUGGACAUGAAGCUACAAUCAAAUGUCACAUAAAGCCUGAAAACUGGAACUGUCAGGCGAAUUGCGAAAGAGAAAUAAGCUCAUGUGGCCACGGUUGCAAGGAGAAAUGCUAUGUCAAAUGCUCGUCGAGUAACUGCAAAGAACCGGUUCAGAAAACCUGUGGUGUGUGCAAUAAUACUGUCACCAAAGAAUGUCGAAAGCGAAAAGAGCUUGAGAAGCCAUGCAAGCAGAAGUGCAUUUUCAAAAUGAAAACUUGUGGUCACGAGUGUAGAAAGUACUGUCAUUCCGAAGCAGAUCACCAUGCUGAUCCUUGUUUGAAACCUUGUGAAGACAAGUUGCCUUGUGGUCACCCGUGUCCUCUUCUUUGUAAGGAUCACACGACUAGCGAUGUUCAUGAAAAAUAUCAAUGCAAAAAACAAUGUGAACGAUCCUGUAAGAAGUGCGGAAAAGCCAGCUGCAAUGAAUUGUGCUUUGUUGAAUGCAAAACUUGUGUUCUUCCAGUGGAUAAAAAGCUGCCUUGUGAACAUGUCGGGAAGAACGUGCCAUGUAAUGUGGCUCCUGAAGAUUUUCCCUGUCAAACUAGCUGCAAACGAAUGCUACAGUGUGGACAUCAAUGCAAUCUUAGAUGCUUCGAAGACUGUGCAACUGCCAAGUGCCAGAAAAUGGUACCGAAAGAGCUCCCAUGUACACACAAUGCAAAAAUGCCAUGUUUUAUUGACCCUCAAGACUAUCAAUGUAAGAAGAAAUGCAAGAAAGAGUAUGAAUGCGGUCAUCCUUGUGUGCAAAAAUGCUUUGAAAGUUGUGACAGAAUGAAAUGUACAGUACUCAAACCAUUUGAAAGAAGCUGCGAGCACAUUAUCGGUGUCCCAUGCAAUGGAGAUUUUAAACUCGAACCUUGCGACGUCGUCGUCACAACGACUCUUGAAUGCUAUCACAAAAAAAAUGUCCGCUGUCAUGAGUUGGAAGGUACCAUUUUAUGCGAAGAAAAAACCUGGAAAUUGCUUCCUUGUGGUCAUCAGGCGGAAGACUUCUGCCAUAAAAAUCCGGAUCAAAUAUUCUGCCACGAAAAAGUCCAAAAGAGCUUGAGCUGUGGCCACACUAGAGAUGCUGAGUGUGGAAAAACUGAUGACGAGUUGGUACGAGAAUGCAAGCAGCCUUGUUUGAAAACUCUAACUUGUGGACAUAAAUGCAAAAGAAAGUGCAAUCAAAAGUGCGAUGCGAAGAAGUGUAAAGAGCCUAUCGAAGUAAAAUGCAAAGACUGCGAUGGAUUCCUGACAGUUGAAUGUAGUUCCAAGAGGAUUGUGAAGGCCUGCACUAAUCAAUGUAAAGAGCGACUUGCUUGUGGACAUCAGUGUCCCUUACAAUGCCAUCAAGGAGUUGAUUUUGAUCAUUCCAAAGUAAAAUGCAUGAAGAGAUGUGAGAAGAGCUGCGGCCAGUGUGGAAAACGAACUUGCACGAAAAAAUGCCAUGAAAAAUGCGAGCCUUGUCCAACUAAAAAUGUAAGAAGAACUCUUCCAUGCGGCCACCAAGGAAUUGCAACUUGCUCGGAGCAACCAAUUUGCAACGAAAUGUGCGAAAGAAAACUGAAAUGUGGACAUCAAUGCGAAUCUCUUUGCAGCGAGCCGUGCACUAAAAAGUGCCCAGUAAAGUGUAGUCGAAUGUUGAACUGCGGUCAUAUGUGCACAAAAAUCUGCUCUGAACCAUGUAACAGAUCUUGCUCAAGAUUGGUUGAUCAAAACUGUCUCACAUGCUCGAAGAAAGGUGAAGUGGGGAAAGUUGAGUGUAGAGUCGAAGGCGCCGUUCGUCAGUCUCAAAGCUGUGUUAAACCCUGCAAAGCCACUCUCGAAUGUGGACAUGAAUGCGAAGGAAAUUGUACGGAUUGUUUCGGAGGACUGUUCCACAAACCGUGCCAGAAGAUAUGCGAUCAAACAAAGGUUUGUGGCCAUAUCUGCAAAGACAAGUGUCACAAAGACUGUCCUCCAUGCGAGGAAAAAUGCACAAAACGAUGCGCUCACUCUGUCUGCAAUCACCCCUGCUUCGAAAUGUGUACUCCUUGCAUGGAAGAGUGUCCCGAGCCGGGUUGCGGAAAACGCUGCUCUGACGAUUGUGAUCAUGAACUCUCAAAACCUGAACGAUGCUCGGCCAGACGAUUAUGCGGCCAUCAAUGCGAGCUGAUUAGACACAAUCGAGCCUUCGACAGAUUUUUACACACAGACAACCAAUGCGCCCAAUGUCACCCUGCUAUUUCGGUGAAGUUUCACUCUGUGAUUAUGAUGACAGAAGAAUAUGAAGAAGACGAGCUGUACGUGUAUUUGCCGGACUGUCAGCAUCGUAUCGAAUGGGAAGGUCUUGAUGGAUGGGUUCAGUCAGUUUCGCAAGAAUCAGAGUUCAAAGCUAUCUUAUGUCCAAAAUGCAAGGCAAGAAUGGCUUCCAGUCGCUACACUAAAAUAUUCAACAACUGGAAUAAAAAGUACGAACGAAUCAAAGGAACCUACAGAGAAGCCGACAGAAAAAGACGAGACGAGCUUAGCAAUGCUCUUAACUCUCUUACUCCCAAUUUUCCUAGUGGAAGACUCUCUCAGAAAGCAUUGCGCGCUCGCUCAGCAAAAGCGAAAUUUCAGCUUCUAGCGAGGGCACAGUUUAUGGUGAAAACGCAAAAAUCAAUGACGAAAAUAUCUGAAGGCUUGCAGAAUAUGAUUGAUCCAAACAAAAUCUUCUUUGCUCGAAUUAACCAAAUUGCGUCGUUGGACGGCAGAGUGGAAUUUUCGCCGGACUCAAUACUACAGUCAAAAGACAUUUUGUUGAAGCUCAAUUUAUUUGCCUCUUGGUCAAAAGGAAUGGACAAGCUCGGCUUCAGGUUCCAAAGGCUUUUUGGUGCAAGUUCCGAGAGGCAGUUUGAGGCUUUGGUCGAGAUUUCGAACAGUAUUCUGUUCAAAAAGCUAGAGCCGCAACAUCAAGACAUCGUUAAGCGGAGCGAAAAGAUCAUUGGCGCUUUUACAAUAGUAACAAGCGAGGAAGUAGAAUCUGUCGCAAAGGCUAUUGCAGCUGCUGAAAGGGGAAUGAGAGGAGGACAUUGGUUCGAGUGCCCGAACGGACACCCUUACUUUAUUGGCGAGUGUGGCGGAGCGAUGGAAAAUGCAGUUUGUCCUUGUGGCGCUAGAAUUGGAGGAAGAAGCCAUCAGUUGACUACUGGAAACAGAGCUAGUAACCUCGGCGGCGGAUACGGCGCGUACGACCGUAUGAUGCGUAUGAAUCCUGCCCCAAAUCCAAAUGAUUUUAGAUUUUGA